AUGCCCGCGACAACCGUAUUCGUAGAAUCUUGGUUUCUUCCCAUAGAAAUUAUUAAAAUUGUGUGUACAUUUCUAACAAGUGUUUGUUGCGUAAUAUAUUUAUGUAUUAUUCUACUGAAUAAAACAUGUCAUACAUUACCAAUGAUGUUAACUGCAAAUACCUGUGCUUCAACACUAGCUUUCGCAUGUUCUAUGCUUAGUACAAAAAAUUUAUCAAAUUUAAGUGAUUUUCGUUUUAAAUUCGAUAUUCGUCAAAAAGAUAUUCAACUAAUCGAAUAUGAACAAGAUUGGUGGAAAACUGAAAAGAAAUGGAUUGUUGUAGGUCAUCCAUUAUCAUCAUUAAUCUAUACAAUACCUUUUAUCGACACAAAAUUAAUCUUAAAUGCACGAACUGCCUAUCGUCAAGAGAAAUGUCCAUCAUCGAAAGUCUCCAAUGAAUAUUCGCAUAUUCGGCAGUUAAUUUUAACAUUGAAUCCACUCGGAUUCAAAUUAUGCCAAAGUGAUGAAAUUUACUUCGAUAAAGUUCAUUCUCUAACUCUCAUCGAUUACAAACAUUCACAAAAGCCAAUUUCACAUUUACGAACAUUGAUUAAUCUGUCGACGGUUCGUCAUUUAACAAUUGAUCAUCGAAUGCGUUCGGGAACGUUCGUUUUAUUGAUGAAAGAAGUGCCAAAUUUACAAUCUCUAUCCGGACAAGAUGUCGCAUUCUCUGCGAUCACCAACAAAUUUCAAAACGAACACGUCAUUUCGUUUCUUAAAGAGAAUAUUCGCAAAUUAACGUUAAGUUCAUUCAAACCAUGUGAUGACAUUCGUUACGUCUCGCAACUAUGCAUUAUUUUCUCACAUGUCCAUCAUUUAUCAUUGAGUAUUAAGUGGGCUGUUGAUAUUUGGCCUUGGUUAACCAAAAUUGCAAGUCUAUCCAGUGCAACUGUUUUCUGUCGUCAUGGAUCGUUCAUUGAUUUAAUCAAUGAUCCCAAUAAUCACAAAUGGUUUUUUAACUGUACCUAUGAAUUACGUAGUCAUCAAGAUUUACGUUUAUGGAUUGAGUAG